UCACUCCUGGUUUAUACGACUGAUCCUGCUGCUCUCUCACUGUAGCUUGGUUGCUGCUGUGAAUGUACAACAACACAUCAGAAUCUACUCUUGGUGCAGUGAACAUGUUCUCUAUAGAAUGCUCGCGCUCCAUGCAUGCAUGUGUAGACCGGCUGUAAGCCACGACCAGUGUUACAGCGAGACCGUAGCCUUUAGUGUGUUUAUCAGAUUAUUCUACCUCCUCUGAAUUCACUGUGGGCUCUUUGCAACGAAGUGAUUGAAUAGUCGCAGCCAAGGAUUCGCUUAGCUUUUCCCGUAGGUAGAAGUCAUUUCGCUUGGAGCAACGUUUGAAACAUGGCGAGUGACUCCCCGGCACGAAGUCUGGAUGAGAUAGACCUCUCCAUGCUGAGGGACCCGGCAGGGAUAUUUGAGCUGGUGGAACUGGUGGGCAAUGGCACCUACGGACAAGUGUACAAGGGCCGUCAUGUCAAGACCGGUCAGCUGGCGGCUAUCAAGGUCAUGGACGUGACUGGGGAUGAAGAGGAGGAGAUCAAGGCGGAGAUUAACAUGCUGAAGAAGUACUCCCACCACCGCAACAUCGCCACCUACUAUGGUGCCUUCGUCAAGAAGAACCCACCAGGCAUAGAUGACCAGCUUUGGCUGGUGAUGGAGUUCUGUGGGGCGGGGUCGGUGACGGACCUCAUUAAGAACACCAAAGGGAACACUCUGAAGGAAGAGUGGACCGCCUACAUCUGCAGAGAGAUCCUGAGGGGCCUUGCUCACCUCCAUCAGCACAAAGUCAUCCACCGAGACAUCAAGGGCCAGAACGUUCUUCUCACGGAGAACGCCGAGGUCAAGCUCGUGGACUUUGGUGUGAGCGCUCAGUUGGACCGCACGGUUGGCCGCAGGAACACCUUCAUCGGAACGCCUUACUGGAUGGCACCUGAAGUCAUCGCCUGCGAUGAGAACCCAGAUGCUACGUACGACUUCAAGAGUGACCUGUGGUCGUUGGGAAUCACAGCCAUCGAGAUGGCCGAGGGAGCCCCACCACUGUGCGACAUGCAUCCGAUGCGUGCCCUCUUCCUCAUCCCCAGGAACCCAGCUCCCCGGCUCAAGUCCAAGAAGUGGUCCAAAAAGUUCCACCAGUUCAUCGAGAGCUGUCUGUUGAAGAACCACAACCAGAGGCCCAGCACGGAGCAGCUGCUCACCCACGCCUUCAUCAGGGAGCUGCCCAACGAGAGGCACAUCCGCAUCCAGCUCAAGGACCACAUCGACCGCACGCGCAAGAAGAGGGGGGAGAGAGAUGAGACGGAGUACGAGUACAGCGGGAGCGAAGAGGAGGAAGAGGAGCACGAUAAGGGAGAGCCCAGUUCCAUCAUCAACGUCCCGGGCGAGUCGACCCUGAGGCGGGACUUCCUGCGCCUGCAGCUGGCCAAUAAGGAGCGCUCAGAGGCGCUGCGGCGGCAGCAGCUGGAGCAGCAGCAGAAUGAGGAGCACAAGCGCCUACUGCUGGCUGAACGGCAGAAGCGCAUUGAGGAGCAGAAGGAGCAGCGAAGGAGGCUGGAGGAGCAACAACGGCGUGACCGAGAGCUCCGCAAGCAGCAGGAGAGAGAGCAGCGACGACGCUAUGAGGAGAUGGAGCAGCUCCGCAGAGAGGAGGAGAGGAGACAGGCUGAGAGGGAGCAGGAGUAUAUCCGUCGGCAGCUGGAGGAGGAGCAGCGGCAGCUGGAGAUCUUGCAGCAGCAGCUCCUGCAGGAGCAGGCUCUCCUCAUGGAGUACAAGCGUAAGCAGCUGGAGGAGCAGCGGCAGGCGGAGCGCCUUCAGAGACAGCUGCAGCAGGAGAGAGCUUACCUGGUGUCCCUCCAGCACCAGCAGAAGCAGCAGCAGCAGCAGCAGCAGGACUCACACCAGGCCGAGAAGAAGCCGCUGUACCACUACAAAGACGCCGUCAACCCCGCUGACAAGCCCGCCUGGGCCAAGGAGGUCCUCAAGCAGCUCGCGGCCGAAACCCCUCGGCCCUCUGGUCUCCGCCAGCAUCACUCCUUCCACCUGGUGGAGCCUCCACCCAACUACCCGGCCCCACAACCCGGCCCCGGCCCCCGCCGUGCCCCCUCCCACGCGGCUAACCUGCCCCUCUCCAGCAGGCAGCAGCAGGCCAGGCAGACCCCCCGCAUCCAGCUGUCCCCAGACCCCUUGCUGCGCGAUCAGAUCAUCGAGCACGUGCGGCGAGAGCUGAGGGCCAAGCGCGCCCAGAGCCAGCAGCAGCAGCAGGCCCGCGGACGCAGCCCACAGCGCCAGCCCAAGCCCCACGCCAAGCCCCACGCCAAGCCCCACACCGCCGACCUCAAACCCCAGAGUGCCGACCUCAAUGUGGUGGAGGAGCGCUCCAAGCUCAACCGCCAGAGCUCCCCAGCGCUGCAGCACAAGGUCACCAACCGGAUCUCCGACCCCUCUCUUCCGCCCCGCUCUGAGUCCUUCAGCAGCGGAGGGCUCCAGCCAGCACGCACCCCUCCAAUGCCCCGGCCCAUAGAACCACAGAUGGCCCAUCUGGUGCCUGUGAAAUCCCAUAGUCCCACCAUGUCUGGCUCGCAGUCCCUGCACGACCAGUCGCCCAAGGGCGUCGCCGGCUUCCAGGAGGGCCCGCCAUUGCACCGGCCAGAGAUGCCCCCCCGGCAAAACUCGGACCCCACCUCCGAGGUCCCAGCACUGCCCUCCCGCUCAGACAAGCUGGAGCGGGGCUCCUGGCUCCGAGAGGAGGACAUCCCCCCCAAGGUGCCCCAGAGAACCAUUUCCAUCUCUCCAGCACUGGUCAGGAAGAACUCCCCCGGAAACGGAGGUGCAGGAGGACUAGGGCCUAGAACCGGUUCACAGCUCAUCCGGGCCAGUAACCCUGACCUGCGGCAGCCGGAGCUGUCUCUAGACGCUGCUCUGCAGAGGACCAACAGCAACAGCUCCUCCAGCUCCGGCACGCCCACCUCCCAGCCCGGCUCCAGCGAGAGGAACCAGAUCCGAGAUACAGCCAAGACGGAGACGUCACCCACAGCAUCCCAGGAAAGCCCCAAGCCCAAGCAAGAGGAGGCCCGCGAAACACCUAGACCCAGCAGACCAGCUAGCUAUAAGAAAGCCGUAGACGAGGACCUGACUGCGUUGGCCAGGGAGUUGCGUGAGCUGCGUGUGGACGAGGCGCCCCGUCCCCCCAUAAAGGUGACAGACUACUCAUCCUCCAGCGAUGAGUCGGAGAGCAGCGGGGAGGAGGACGGGGCCCACGAUGGCACCGUGCCCGUCAGUGACAUCCCACGCAUCAUGCCUUCAGCUCAGGGUAAUAAUGAGUCCUACGGAGUUAGCCAUGAUGAUUCACUCAAUAAUGGUUCCAAAGAUGACACCCUGAUGCUGGGAGAGACUCGUGAGAGGAAGCGCUCCGCUCACUCGGAGAGCAACGGUUUUGCUGGCCACGGGAACCUGCCGGACCUGGUCCAGCAGAGCCACUCCCCGGCCGGGACGCCCACGGAGGGCUUGGGCCUGGGCCGCCUCGCUGGCCUGCACGCUCCAGACAUGAGUGCCAUGGAGGAGUUUGCAAAGGGUGGCGGUUCUAAGUCCUCCUUCACACCCUUUGUGGAUCCGCGGGUCUACCCCACCUCUCCCUCCGAUGACGACAGUGAGAACUCAGCCGCAGCCCUGUUUGCGAACGAGCUGCUGAGGCAGGAACAGGCCAAACUGAGCGAGGCCAGGAAGAUCUCCGUGGUCAACGUCAACCCCACCAACAUCCGCCCGCACAGUGACACACCGGAGAUCCGCAAGUACAAGAAGCGCUUCAACUCUGAGAUCCUGUGCGCCGCUCUGUGGGGGGUCAACCUUCUGGUGGGUACAGAGAAUGGCCUGAUGCUCCUGGACCGCAGUGGCCAGGGCAAGGUCUACAACCUGAUCACACGCCGCCGCUUCCAGCAGAUGGACGUGCUGGAGGGUCUCAACGUGCUGGUCACCAUAUCAGGCAAGAAGAACAAGCUGCGUGUGUACUACCUGUCCUGGCUCAGGAACCGCAUCCUGCACAACGACCCAGAGGUGGAGAAGAAGCAGGGCUGGAUCACCGUGGGGGAACUGGAGGGCUGCGUGCACUAUAAAGUUGUGAAAUAUGAGCGAAUCAAAUUCCUGGUUAUUGCUCUGAAGAACUCCGUGGAGAUUUACGCCUGGGCCCCCAAGCCCUACCAUAAAUUCAUGGCUUUCAAGUCUUUCACGGACCUUCCUCAGAGGCCGCAGCUCGUGGACCUGACGGUGGAGGAAGGUCAGAGGCUCAAGGUCAUCUACGGUUCCAGCGUGGGCUUCCACGUCAUUGACGUGGACUCUGGAAACCCCUACGACAUCUAUAUCCCCUCCCAUAUCCAGAGCACAGUGAUGCCCCACGCCAUCGUGGUGCUCCCCAAGACGGACGGCAUGGAGAUGCUGCUGUGCUACGAGGACGAGGGCGUCUACGUCAACACGUACGGCCGCAUCACCAAGGACGUGGUGCUGCAGUGGGGAGAGAUGCCCACCUCUGUCGCUUACAUCCACUCCAACCAGAUCAUGGGCUGGGGAGAGAAGGCCAUCGAGAUCCGCUCCGUGGAGACUGGCCACUUGGACGGGGUCUUCAUGCACAAGCGAGCACAGCGUCUGAAGUUCCUCUGCGAGAGGAAUGACAAGGUGUUCUUUGCCUCAGUCCGCACAGGCGGCAGCAGUCAGGUGUUCUUCAUGACGCUCAACAGGAACUCCAUGAUGAACUGGUGAAGCUGUGAACGUCCAGUCAUGGUCCACAACACUGAGGCAGGCAACCCCACUCACCAGGAGUCAAGAUGGCGUCUGUGAUUUAUUUUUUUCUUUAGGUACAUUUAACACUGGUUCAAAACAAUAAAAAUGAAAAAGAAAAAAAAAACUACAGUUUUAGAUACACUUAAAAGUGUAAGACUGUGAUCUCAAGACAUCCAGGAUGGCCUCGUAUCAUGCGUUUAGAUUAAGAAGCCAUAGAAGUGGCUUUGGGGAACUGGAGCAGUGACUCCUGAGCUCCUGUUCCCCACAUUUCCAGCAGGGGGAGCCAGAGGGGCUUGCUGCUGUGAAACCAGACUUUGGCCAUGGAGCCUCCUCUGUGGUGACUCUCCCCUUCUCUGUGUGCUGUUCCACCCACACACCUUACAACGGGACUCUACACCUGGGGACUCCGGGAGAAAGCGCUGUUUUCUGUCUUCUGCAGCUGCAGAGGGGCAGAGAGGAUCACAGCAAGCUGUACAGAAAAUAUGUGUGUGUGUGUGUGUGUGUGUGUGUGUGUGUGUGUGUGUGUUGGGUGGUCGGGAAGAUGUGAAAAGAUUUAAAAAAGAAAAAAAGCAACCUCAGACUGAGGGAAACUUCUAGACCUUUGAUGUUUUCAUCUACAGUCAAAUCAGGUUGUUUUUAUGUUUGUUUGUUUGUUUUUCGAUUGUUAUUCGCUCGCACACAGCUCCUGCGAUACAUUGUUGUAGGAAGGAGAGGAGUCCAGCAGGUGGUUGUGGUGAACAUGAGCACAAUCCCCACAUUGUAUUCAAGGCUGUGGUCUUUUUCGGUGCUGGUGCUCUUUCUGUGCCCAUCCUUCUCUCAGCCUUCAUAUCACUACUGCUGUUUUGGGCUCAGGCCAGUCUCUGGAGUGGAACUCCUCCUGACGCACCACCACGUGUCUGAGUCUGACCUAGUCACCUCCCAAGCCCCUGAUUGUAUCUCGGACAAUCAUGUUUUAGUCGUCCACCCCUUCAUAAAUGCCAGUGUCUCCACAACUAAUCCACCAAUAGAAGCCUCAGAUGUCAACAUCGGCUGCCUCUUGUGCGCUGCUGAAUCUUAACAACUAGUGUACACAUUGGGACUGUAAUUGACCUACCUCGUAAUCAUGUGUCUGGUUAUUUCUUUUCAGUAUCGCAGAGGCUGAGAAAGAGACCUUACAUUACAGCUAAUUUUCAUUAAUGCUUAUACCAUCAUCCAGAUGAUCAUUUGUUAUUCUGAUUUGAGCAGGGAAAAAAAUUGUAUAUUUUCUGUUACAGGUACCUUUUGAAAUAAUUUUGCAUUCUCAGUGUCCUCAGCAGAUUGAUGAUAUAUCACCUGGUAUGGUGGAAACCAACUAAAAUAGUCUAAAGAAUUCCUUCUUAUACAUGUUUACUGAGGAAAAAAAACAUUAACCUUGUUUUAACAUUGUGAAUGUGUCCUAAGAUUAUAUGACAGUAACUGUGUUUUUACUUUUAAAAUGUAAGUAGACAAAUGUCAAGUCUGAUUAAAUAACAAAAUGCAACAAGCAGAUAUGUGUUGGUCUGCUUGUGGGGUUGAAACUACUGUAGCCAUUCAUCACUGUUUGAUCAGAGAGCUUGUGGAAAAUGGGCAGCUUAGCCAGACCAUGUAAAGAAAGUGUCCUUGGGAUGGGAGGGAGAGAGUGAGAGGUUCGCACUCAGGCCUUGACCACAGGCACAGAGCCCCACUUCCUCUAGUGUCGGUCAGAUGGUCAGAUCUGGUGUGUUCCACCUCCUCGAUCCAUCUUGUGGCUGUAGUAGUGUGUUCAACCGAACGAGGAGGAACCCUGAGUUGCAGAAAUCCUACAACUGGAUUUUGUUCUUUUCUACUGUUUAGGAGGAGGGAAGGGCAACCUUUUCUUCCUUUUUUUGACAUCUCUGGAAUAUUUCAUAGAUAUUUCACACCAUCAAGUGAGCGCUUGUUGAAGCGAGCGGUGUCCGUUUUCCUUCUGAUACAUUCAUAAUGCAUCUAUCCCAUCUGUUUAUUGUUUUCACAUACACUUAAAUUGUCUUUGUCCCCUGUGUGCAAUCACAAGCCCUGAAAACAUCUGCCAUUGCACAUCUCUUGGGGUCAUCUUUCAUUUUUGCACACUGUACAUAUUUGUAUUUCAGACAUUCAUUUAAAUGGACAAAGAGAAAAGUUUUGCAGAGACAUGAGUGAUUGCACUCCUGAUAAAGAGUUCUAGCAAUAAUGAUGUCCUGCUGUGUGUGUGUGCGUGUGUGUGUGUGUGUGUGAGAGAGAGAGAGAGAGAUGAGUGAUGAGUGAGUUAAUGUUUGGGAGAAACACUGUGCUAGCCUGUGCUUGAGAGUUUUAAAGAGACUCUGACUCUCACGUCACUAUGCUUUGUCACGUUUUACUUUCAGCUCUGGUGGCAUUGACACUUUAAUCACUUCAAACAUUGGUUGGGUAGUGUUUUACUUUUUGACAUUUUCCCCAAGGAGAUUGUCAUGUUUUCCACCCACAUGAGGCAUAAAUGGUUGUCUAGCAUUUUGUUGGUUAGGUUUUUUUAUUUUAAAGAAUAAAGAUAAGAUCAAUAAGUA